CGGGCAGAAGAUCGCUCUGCGCCGCACCCGGGGACAAGCUCUGAAAAUCGCGCUGCGCCCCAGCCCCAUGAACGCGCUGUACGGUGCCACCAGCAUGUGCUUAGCCUGCGAGCCCCGGAUGCCCGCCCUGCCCAGAGCCGAGCCCCCCAGCAGGGGCACCGGGCCCCAGUACUUCACCUUCGACCCCCUGCCCGCGGUGAGCCAGACCCCGCCCCGCAGGACCCCGCCCCGGGGCAGGAAGCGGCUGCGCAAAGUGCUCUACCCCCCCGUGGUGAAACGCUACUAUCCGGCCAAGGAACGCAGCCAGGCCAAACGUCUGCUCUUCAUCCUCCUCACCAUCAUCUUCUACCAAGUCUAUAACGCAGACGAAGACCUGGCCCUGGGGCCGGAGCAGGGGGUCCCCGACCGCUCUGUGCAGAGCGGGGGCUCCCGCUGCGAGACCCCCCUCUCAGAAGUGCUCCCGACACCCCUGGAGGUCCCAGAGGUGGCCAACGCUACCAGUUCGCACGGGGGCCGCGAGGCUGCCGUAUCCACCAUGGAAAUCAGCCAGUUCCUGGAGCAGAAUCCAGCCGCUUUCUGAGACCCCCGCCCAGCGUUUCUCAGGCCAAGACACCUCAGGGGUCAACCGGGCCUGGGGCCUGACUCCAGCCACUAAUGGGUUAACCCUGCCUGGCCUUUGGCCAACUCUCUGCUGCUGCCUCUGAACUAAGCCGGUGAAGAAUCCGGAUGACACCGGAUGCCUGACGUCAAUAGCAACAUGAAACCUCUUCGGCAGCCGUGAGCAGGGAAUUCCUGGCGCCAGCAGUGACUGAGACUUUGUGUGUGUGUGAGGGGGUAUUACUGACAUAACUUAUUAAUAUCUAAUAUUUAUAAUAUUUAUAUAUUUGUAAUUUAAAGAUGUGCUAUUUAAUGAUCGAAGCGGGAACGUGCCUGCGGGGAAAAUGCUGCUUUAAUCCAGGGUGGAAUAAAAACCGUUAAACGUCCUCAUCCGUUUAAACAGGGACAUGUAUCCUGUUCUUGUCUCUAUGGGGACUUUAAUUUAAUGUUUGUUAGUGCCGUUACCCAGAGGGGGAAACUCCCCUCUAACAGGUAGCAAAGCAGCCUGAGGCGAGGUGGAGCUGACAGGAAUAGCUGGCUGCAAAUCCCAGGGAGGUAUAAAACUAUGGAAAUACUCCUAGGAGGGGGGGAAAACUUUGUGCCAGCCAAACGUACUAGAAUUCACCACUACAGUUCUCCAGGCGGAGGCCAGGCUGGGUUGCUCUGUGGCAAAACAGCCUCUGAUCCUUGGGUCUCCUAUAAACGAACUACUUGAUUGAGGCACAGAACUAAGGACGUGCUGGUGCGUUGGGCAGAGGGAGACGUUUGGAGGCAGAAAAAUUAGUCGGCUGCUUUAAGCCAGGACCAAAUGGGGAUUUUCCUGACCCUGGGAGGAGGCGAGAAGUCAGGGUAAGACCAGCCUGCACUAAAGAGAUCGCUGCCCCCCUGCCCUUCCUUCUCGGACACCCCCCAGCUCUGCUCACGCCCUGGGUGUCUGACCAGCAGGCUCCCUGGCUGCUGCGUACGCUUACUGUGUAAGCUCUUGUGAGAGGCUCUGGAUGCUUCGGAGGCCGCGACUUGCCCCGAACUGACCAAAAUUCAGGCUGAUGUUUCCAAGGCGUUUUUGCCCCAAACUCUUUCCCGGACAAGUCGUCCGACCUGUGUAUGUUCUGUGAACAAAAUAAACAUGCUGACUCCUG